UUUUGAUUUGAUAGACAUGUAUGGACUUCCAUUGCCCAUAAAAUCAAUCCAACAAUGGAUACAACAAGUUCGAAGUAUUGAUAUAUAUGAAACUUCACACGAGGAUGAAACUGCCCCGUGUACCUCGUGGGCCGGGGAGACUCCAUGAUGAAUCCUCACGCACCAACACUCCUUCUUUUCUCUUUUUUUCUAUCCUUUCGUUGGCGGAGUCAUCUGAAUUGAAGUCACUUUGUACGGAAACGUCUGGUGUCUUCCAUUCUCUCUUCCAAACCCGCAAUUCAUACGCGGGUCGCAAUUGUUGAUAUUCCGCCAAACAGCUCCUGAGCACGUCGGACACCGCGUCAAAUCCCGCAAAAAUGGGUGGACAAGUAUCUAAAAUGAUGGGGAAGAUUUUCGGGACCAAGGAAAUGCGUAUCCUCAUGUUGGGUUUGGAUGCUGCUGGAAAGACGACAAUUCUCUACAAACUUAAACUCAGCAACCAGGACGUGACUACCAUUCCCACCGUCGGAUUCAACGUCGAGAGCGUGACCUACAAGAAUGUCAAGUUCAACGUCUGGGAUGUCGGUGGUCAGGACAAGAUCCGACCGCUCUGGAGACACUAUUACUCCGGUACACAAGGAUUGAUCUUCGUGGUUGACUCCAGCGAUACAGCCCGUGUGGAGGAGGCUCGCUCGGAACUGCACAAGAUUAUCAACGAUCGUGAAAUGAAGGAUGCUCUGCUACUGGUGUUCGCCAACAAGCAAGAUAUUCCUGGCCACUUGAGCCCGGAGGAAGUUACUCAGCAGCUUCAAUUGACUAAGCUCAAGGACAAGCUGUGGUACGUUGCGCCCAGUGUUGCAACAGAUGGAACAGGUAUUUUCGAGGGUCUUGCCUGGCUCUCAAACAAUGUCAAGACCCAGCCCCAGAAAUAAGAUACACCGCUGUGAUUUCGAGAGGCGCUCCUAGAGCAGCUUCGUUGUACAACAUCUCGCAUUAUCAAGUGUUUUCCUCUUUUCUCUUCAUGUCCGUGUUUUGAUGACAAGACGACGCAGCAUUUUGGGCUUUUAUUUCCUUGGUCUUUUCUUUUGUUGGCCUUAGUUAUCUCGUUGCUUUUUCCAUUGUUUAUCUUCACUUCUAUGAUAUCCCCUCUGUUCUUAUAUGGGCUUGUUGGGUCCAAUUUAAUACUUUAAUUUCAUUGUGCUCCUCACCUAGCGUUGUUAUUGUUUGUAUAUCCUCGGUCAAUUGUGGAUGCGCUUCCUUAUGCACAUAAUUGCCUACAGCGGAGACAGGGCAGACAAGUUCUGGC